AUGUCCUUCAAGAACAAAACGAGCGACAUCGGAUUGCGCAUCGAGCCCAUCAAUCAAUCUGAAGAUGUGAUCCAGGCUUUUGAUUGUGUUUGCGAGGCAUUCGGCCGCCAAGCCCAAGACGGCGUCUGGAUAGCUAUGACUCCAGGGUGGGAAACACCCGCAGGACGAAGCCUCGGAGCUGCCCGUAUGGUAGCCCGCUGGCGCAACACCACCAGAGACAAGAGUGGCAGACCGAACACGGUUUUUCUCAAAGCCACACUUCCUUGUCCACACCAGCAAGACAAACGCAUUAUUGCUGGCUUCGCCAUUUGGGUGCAGGCGUCUAGUGUUGCGGGGUACGGCAAUCCGGCGGUGAGAGAGGAGGAGCUCUGUGAUGAUAUGAAUCUCGAAGAGAUCUACCCUGGAAACGAACCCGAGCAGCGUUAUCUUUCUCAGACGGUUGCUUCUCUGCAUAGACAGCGCGCCGAGGUUAUCAAAGAGAAAUCCACGGCAGACCCGCCGGCCGUCAUGAUCCUUGACAUGUGCGCAGUUGAUCCAGCACACCAGCGGAAAGGCAUUGCGAGAGCACUAGUGCAGUGGGGGUUAGAUGAGGCUCAGCGACGUGGAGAUUUAGAAUCCAUCACCGAGGCAUCGGCUAUGGGGCGUUAUGUGUACGAGCAGAUGGGGUUUGUCCCACAGGGCGCUGAAAUCGAGUAUCUUGUUGACGAAGAGUUUGCGUCCCGCAGCAGACCUUCCAACAUUUUUAUGCGCACUCAAGGGAGUCUCGUAUAA